AUAUGUAUUUUAAUGAAUUACCUUUAUCACUAAUCAAAGAAUCAUCUUUGUCACUAUAUAAAGAAUCAUUCUUAUCCAAUAAAUAUAUGCCUUUAGAAGAUGAACUUUCCUUAAAUUAUGAUAGUGAAACUUCUUUGAAUAAUGAACCUUCUCUAGAUGUUGAACCUUCUUUAAACAAUAAACCUCCCCUAAAUAAUAAGCUUCCGUUAAUCAAUGAAUCUAUCUUAUUAAUAGAAAAUUCAUGUAUUCUUGCUCCAAGUACUAAUAUAAAUAAAAGAAAAGUUAAUAACUUACAAAAAAUAAAGGUUAAUAAAAAGACUAAGCCAGGAAAAAGUUGGCAAUGCAUGCACCUUUUUGAACUUCAAACCAGUACAACAAAUUUAGCUAGCCAUCUUAGAGUUGAAUAUAGAUUAGAUAAAAGUAGAUCAUUAUUAUCUUUAAGUAGUAAACAAGAAACAUCAAAAUUACAGCCUAUUCGAUUAGAUCUAUCACAACCUACUUUACUUGAAUUUAAUAUUUUAUAUGAAGUGGAGCCACAAUUUCAAUUUCCAAGUGAAGAUAUAUUCAAGCAAAAAUUAUAUAACUCUAUAAAUUACUCUGAAAGUGGUCUAAAAAAUUUAAUAAAUAAUAUAUUAGAAUAUUUUGCAUUUACUACUGACUUGUGGACUAAAGCACACCAACUAUAUAUUGGAAUUACCGCAUAUUGGCUCUUUCCUGAAUUUGAAAUAUGUAAAGCUUUACUAACAAUUGAAGGAUUUCUCUAUCUACACAUAUCAGAACAUAUCGAAAAUUGUUUAAGAAAAGAGUUAGCUAAAUGGGAUUUAAGUAAUAAAUGCAUAGCAGGCGUAACAGAUAAUGCUAGCUCAAUAGUAAAAGCACUAAGAGAUAUUGAAAUCUUACAUAUUCGAUAUACAGCUCAUACUAUUCAGCUUGGAGUUAUAAAUGGUCUAAAAGAAGCAACUGAUCUAAUAAAUCGUGCAAAAGCUCUAAAUGCAUUUAUUGCUAGAAAAAACAAAUAUAGAGAAAAAUUACGUUUAAUACAACUCAAAAUAGCCAAAAUAAAAAACUCAUUACUAGAUAAUAAGAAUAUUUCUAAUUCCACCUAUUUAUUGUUAAAUCGGUUACUUGAACUUUAUAAAACUGUAAAAAAAUUACAAACCGAUCUUGCAAAAGAUAAAGAAAGAGAUAUUAGAAACAAUGCCAAAGCACUUGAAAAGUUACUUCUUAAUGAAGGUGAUUUUUUAGCAAUCAAUGAGUUAGUUGAAUUGUUAGGUCCUUUUGCAAAUAUUGCAACUAUAGUAAGUGGAGAUUAUUAUCCUACUUUUUCAAUGAUGCUUCCAUUAAUUAAAAUUCUACAAGAACAUCUGUUUCAAAAAGAAAAAACUAUUACUGAUCCAAUUGUUUGCAAAGUGCAUGAUGAGAUUAAGUUGUCAUUUA